AGUGUCCAUUUAUACUAUUGAAUCUUUUGUUUUUUGGUGGAUUUUUCGUCGGUUACAAUCUCUGUAGCUUGUUUUGUUCCUCCCCUAUUCACUAGAUUUUUGCGAUUUGGUUGACCCGGAUAAGUUCAUCAGCUGACCGGAAAAUCAAUUUUGAUUAUUGUUGAGCAUUUUUUGCAAUUGAAGUUAGGGUUUUGAUUGUACCAAACUGUUUAAUUGACCAGUUUGAUUUCUGGGUAUCGUAUAUCUAGACUCGAUGUAUGUGCGUGUUAUUGGCUGAAAUUAGGGUUUCAAUGAUUUGGGGAAAUUCGUUCCUUUCAUUUGUUUGAGAGCUGGGUGCCUGAGUUUUGGGUUGUUCUGUUGAAUUUUUUUUGUUGUGUUGGGUGAAUUCUGCAAUGGCUGAAGAGAAUGCUAAUACGAUGAACCUCGAUCUCAAUUUGGAGCCGGUUGAUAAUUCUAGUGAUGGUGGUGAGCCUCUCUCGGGAUCAUAUCCUAUUGUUGCGAUGAACUUGGAGGAUUGGUUAGAAAGUCCAAUUCAUCGCGUUAGGGAUGCCGUAAGGCAGAGAAAUCAUAGGUGGCGGCCGUUGUGGAGGCAACUCCCAAUCCCCCCGGAAACAAGGAACCUUGCUUUGGAAUUGAUUAGUGGGAAUGCACCACAGACUGGUGAGGGUAGUGUAGCCUCUGAGGAUAGGCCUAUUGAGGCAGCUAAGAUAUGUGAGAACACGACUGGUUCUCCUGAGGACGAGGAUCUUGGUAAGAAGAAAGAUGGUGGUAAGAGUAAUGGUGACGAGGGGGGUUUCUUUGAUUGCAACAUAUGCUUAGAUUUGGCCAAGGAUCCUGUUGUCACUUGCUGUGGCCACUUGUUUUGCUGGCCAUGUCUUUACCGUUGGUUGCAUCAUCACUCCGAAGCCAAGGAGUGCCCCGUGUGCAAGGGAGAGGUCACCACUAAGAAUGUGACGCCUAUAUAUGGCCGUGGCAACAUUGUCCGAGACCAAGAUAUUGAUUCUAGCCUCAAGAUCCCUCUUAGGCCCCAUGCCCGGCGGAUUGAGAGCUGGAGGCAGACUAUACAGAGGACUGCAACAGCCUUCACUAUCCCUGUUGAGGAGAUGAUUAGGCGUCUUGGGAGUGCUUUCGACCUAAACCGGGAGCUGGCUCAGAUACAGUCCCGACACCCUGAUGGCCUCCAUGACUCACCUGAGAGAAGUACGGCUUUACUCAAUCGUUUCUUGACUUCUAGAGGAAUUCGCAGAGAGAGAACUCCGCCGCUCCCACUUGAUGAUGUGAUUGACCUGACUGAGAGCAGCCCCCCGAGCUACGAGAUGAGGGAGAGGGAGCUCAGGGAGGGGAAUAGGGAGAUGGAAAGAGAGAGGGAGAGGGAUAGCCGUCGUCUCACAUCAUUGCUGCUUCGCAGAUCAAGUUCUCAUCGAGCUGCUUCUUUGUCCAAUCUCACAUCUGCAAUCAACGCUGACUUUGAGUCAUUUCUCCAGAGCGAUCCGGUGGAGAGGAAUCUGGAGAGGCCUCCUCGGAUGGUGGACGAUAGGGAUUCUGUGUCCAGCAUUGCUGCUGUAAUACACUCUGAGAGCCAAACUGUGGACAAUGCCAUAGAAAUCAAUUCCAGGGUGGCGCUCUCGACUUCGUCUUCAAGGAGGAGAAACGAUGCUUCUAGAAUCUCCGACGUUGACAGCGGGGAUUCGCGGGCCCCGAGGCGGAGGAGGCUCAACUGAAGUUGUGAUGAUGGUGUCUUCUCAAGAGUUGGUAUAUAACCAGAGGGAUUUAGAUAUGUUUUAACAUUCAAUUUGUGUUUCUAAGUGUUUACAGUGGAGGUUUUUUUACCUACGAGAACUAUUAACUAUAUACAAUCAUGUUUCUGAGUUUUGUUCCUAGCUUAA